CAGACACACACACAGUCAAAGCGUAGUCAGUCAGCGUAGUCCGCCAACGCAGAGCCGCCUCGAACGGACCCGGGCGAGGCCAUGAGUGGUCGGUCCGCUCAGGCUCGACCGAUCUUGGUCUUCUACCACAUCCCGGGAGAUGGCGAUGAGGCUGAGAUGCCGAACGCCUUCCCGGUGCUGAAGCCGGAGGGUCAGGUGAUGCUGCAGGAUGUGCGCAGCAAAUUUCCGUUGCCCGGAACGUACCACUUCAGGUUUAAGAUGCGCUGGGGGCCUGACCCUCUACAAGUGGCCUGGAUGGACGUCACCAAUGAGGCGGCGCAGGUGCCGUUCUUCGACGGCAAGGUCGUGGCGAAGGCGGUACGGCGGCAUCAAGAGGAACUCGGUGGCGCAGACUUGAACACGUUUCCAUUCUUUUGUUGUGUGCCAGUUUUCGCCCAGCGAUGGCGGGUUCGUUGUCGUUUUUGGGACGUGGAUCGCUUUGGUUGAGUCUCUUUUUCGAGGGUGAGGGGACACAGUUUACCAUCCUUCUAGUUGAGGCGGUUCUCGAAAUCAUGUCCAGCUCGUAUUUCGUGGGCUGCAUAAAUCAAACAUAGUGGCCACACGUCUCCAAAUGUUUCCACCGGUGCUCCAGGUCACGCGCGUCAGCUGGGAGUCCAAGACGGGCGCCACAGCGCAGACCAGUGCCGGCUCCAACGGUGGCUAUACACCCCAGGCAGCGGCUCAGGUGACGGCUCAGGUCCCAAGCGCCGAGCUCUUUGAUAGCCCUGGUCUUGGUCCGUCCACAGCGCCGGGGCCGAAGGAUGACUUCGACAUGCUCUUCAGCUGAGGGUCCGGCGGAAAAGAUGGACAGAGCUUUUCUGGAGACGGAGUUGAUCAGCCGCAGAGGUGGCGGAUGAAGCCGUUCCCAAAAUCGAAGAAAGCAUUUCUCGAUGUUCAGUUCCCCAAAGAAGAAAAAAAAAUGACACCGCAUGUCCUUCCGU